GGAUGAUCCAGGUAUAGGCGCGUGGGACUUGACUAAAGGCUAAAUACAUGUAGGCCCGAGAGCUAGUCGCAUAAAACAUAAUGCAUAAACCGAUCCGCAAGAGAAGUUGUCCCAAGUUGAACGAGUGGCCAUCUCGGCCCGUGUGCACGAUCUGCUUCUGACUUGUUGCGACGAAGUGUAAACAAAAUGUGAACAAAAUUCAAAACACUCGGUUUCAACAGCCUUUACUCAAGAGAGGCGAGAUGGCGAUGGCUAUGUGGGGAGAGAUGACCACAGCAAGUGUCCCGUUGUACCCCGUGGAAAAUGACACUGAUGUGGGUGAUUAUGGGGAGUUUCGACCGCUCUCACCAACUGAGAUCACAAUAAUUGCGUGCACCGUGGCCACGCUGGCCGUCAUAUUCGUCUUGGGCACGGUAGGGAACUUCCUGGUGUGCCUGGUCAUCGCCACGUACCACCAGAUGCGCACGGUCUUCAACAUUCUCGUCUUCAACUUGGCGGUGACUGAUCUGCUUCUAGGGGUGCUGGUAGCGCCGACUUACGCCGCUCGCCUGGCGUACGAGCUUUUGGUGGUGAAGACGGGAGCUCCUUCACAGACAAACUCAUCAGGUAUCUUCGUUGUCUGCCACAUUUCAGCGUUUACGCACUACGUCUGUACAGCGCAGUCUCUCAUGACCAUGACGCAGAUGGGAAUCAUCAGGGCCAUUGCCGUGCUCAAGUCCACCAAGAACAUCAGGUUCCGUAUCCGAAAAAUCGUGCCCUGCGCCCUCAUCUUAAUCAACUACAUCAUUUCGCUGACAUUCUCUGCUUUCACCUACAAGAGCGGAACCUAUUCGUUCUGCCUAGACCGCCGCAUGCGGCUAAAACUUCGCGAACGUCUAGUAGGCCUGGGCAUUAUCAUCGGGGAGCUUACCGUGAUCAGCAUCACCUACACCUGGAUUUAUUACGGCACCAAGCGGCAGAAAGCUGGUAUCGAGGCAAGGCUGCGUCAGACUGUCGAGGCAGCGGCGGGCGCAGCGAGGGUCGCACGUCCCACGAACCGCUUUGACAUCGCCACGGCUAAGUCGCUGCUCAUGGUGGUAAGUGCGUUCAUCGUAAGCUACAUGCCUUACGUGGUCUUCAUCUCCUUAUGGGCGGUGGGCGUGGUUGAGGAUGAGCCCCGCCUCAUGGUAAUCUUCCCUGCCCUGACCUCGCUAUGUAGCGUGGUCAACCCUUUCAUCUACGCCGCCAACUCGUCAGUGUUCAGGAGACAAUUGCUGAAACUACUCCGACUGGACAAAAAGGUCUUACGGCAGACGGUUCCUGCAAUAGCAGUUCGCAUGGAAAACCAACAAGAUUCCCUCCGCCAACAAAGGAUUACUGCAUCAGAUUUAGUAUAACGUUAUAGAGGUCAAUGAUGUACUUCAGUAUUCAGCGGAAAUAUAAUAAUAAUAAUAAUAAUACCGAAGUCUUAUAUAGCGCACGUAUCUACCAACAAUUAGGUAGUCAAGACGCUGGAAAUUAUAAGUACUGAGUCAGAAUUUGUAAAAUGCAAUUUCCCACAACGGGGCACAUUCCUCGCUGCCUUGUAGGUUAUUUCAAUCAAAUUAUUGAAACCUACUUCUUUCCCUUUUUCGACGUCUGCAACCUUUUGGGGUUUUUGUUUGUUUGUUUGGGGUUUUUUUUCCCGCGAGAACGUAAUUAUUGUCUGGAAGCCAAUAAUUCGAAAAUAUAAAUUAUUUACAUGUUUUGAAUAACUUUUAAAACAUGGGCUGAUUUUUUUCGGUCGACGUCUUGCUCGAAAUAUAGAGAUUUAGAUAAGAAAUAUAUUCUUCGGGAUGAAACUCGAGGAACGCAAUUUUAGUUGACAAAUCAACUUAUCCGUCUUUUUCCUUUUUUUUUAGUCAAGUAAAAGAGGCAUAAUUGUAUCAAUGUCGGCAAUUUGUAGUAAAACCGGUAGUUGUAAAAGAAUAUAUAUUUGUUAAAAUCAUAAAAGUCCCAUUCCUUCAUUAACCGUUGAUUGUCACCACAUCCAUCCAAGUAUAAAGAGAGGCAUUGUAUCAACGUCGGCAAUCCACAUUAUUUGCAAUUGUUGUAAAGAGUACAUUUAUAUUUAAAUGUAAAAUUUUCUCAUCAAUGGUCAUAUUAUUAAGGCCCCAUUACAUUAAUUACCCCCCCCCCCGCAUCACUCCGGGUAGUCUGAGUAUCACUUGUUGUCCACCGGAACACUCUCUGUAACCAACGUCUUAAUGUGAAGAAUGCAGAAUAAACAUUGCGACCCCGCACGCCAGCCAAUCGGA